GUGUGUGUGUGUGUGUGUGUGUGUGUGUGUGUGUGUGUGUGUGUGUGUGUGUGUGUGUGUGUGUGUGUGUGUGUGUGUGUGUGUGUGUGUGUGUGUGUGUGUGUUAGCUCCGCCCACCGGGACGCACCGGGACCAGCAGUUUGGAGCUCUGCCGGUAACACAAACGCUCCUCUCGCAGCUACGAUUCAACUUUCCUUUGUUCCAGACUCUUUCCAGGUCCGACCCGGUCCGCUCGGCUCGGUCCGGCCUGCAGAAGCGGAACUCAGAAACUUUUAGGCGGCCCGGACCGGAGACACCGGGACCGAGAACUUAACGGGGGGAGGACCGGAGCGCGGUGGGGGUGAGUCUGGAGCUCCGGGAGCCGUAGGUUACGUAAGCAGGAGAAGGAGCCAUAAAUCCUGAAUGAGCUCUGGGUCUGACCCGGGCCACUCUGAGCACAAGCCAGGACGCACAUGGACGCACGGGCGGACCGAGGCGCGCACGCGGUCCUGCUCUGGUUCUGACCGACCCAAAAUGAAACUUUGGAGCAGGUUGUCAUCCUGGACGCGGGCUCGGAAGAAUUUCUCCCCUCUGAAGUGGACCCGGUCUCCGUGAAGCGCGUUAAGUCCCUGCAGUCGCGCGCUGAUGAUGAUGAUGGAUUAUUCUCACCUGCUGGAAAUAAUCAGUUAAGCGCGUGAGCGGCGGGAUGCGGAGCGGCCAGCACUGAUCUCUGUGGAUCUAAAGGGACUGAAGAAGCAGUAGAGUCCGUUCUGGUUCCCCCCUGCGGGUCAGAACGCGCUCACAGCGGAGGAGAAGAGACGCGGAUGUUCUCCGGGAUGCAGCGCGCCGCGCCGCCGCACAUGGAGCGCACCGGGCGGCCGCCGCCGCCGCUGCUGCUGCUCGGGCUGCUGCUGCGGCUCUGCGCCGCCGUCACAGACGACCGCCUAAUCUCCGACCGGUACGCGGUCUACUGGAACAGCUCCAACCCCAGAAAGGCUCGGACGCCAGUCGGAGGACUCCGAAGUGCUUUACUCAGUGAAUCAUUCAUUCACACGCUGGUGGUCAAGAGUCACCGAGAUCCUUCAGGUCAAAGGUCAAUCUCCAAGUUCUUCCGGGGCGACUACACGGUGGAAGUGGCGAUCAACGACUACCUGGACAUCUAUUGUCCUCACUACGAGGGGGCGGAGUCUGCCGAGCGCAUGGAGCACUACGUUCUGUACAUGGUGAACUACGAUGGCUACAUGACCUGCAACCACUACAGGAACGGCUUCAAACGGUGGGAGUGCAACCGACCGCAGAGUCCAAACGGACCGCUCAAGUUCUCAGAGAAAUUCCAGCUUUUCACGCCCUUCAGCCUGGGCUUCGAGUUCCGUCCAGGACACGAAUACUACUACAUCUCGUCUCCACAUCCAAACCUGGCUGGAAAACCGUGUCUGAAGCUCAAAAUCUACGUCAAACCCACCAACGACUCCAUCUACGAGUCUCCGGAGCCCUUCCUGACCGACGACACCACCGGCAGCGGGAGCCUCGCUCUGCCAUCCGCCAUAUUGCUCACCUUUCUCCUCAUCGUCCUCCUCGCCUCCUCGUAGCACCUCCUCCUCGUUCUCCUGCUGCUGUGAAGACGACCUGAAGAACACCAAUCCUCCUCUGGACCAAUUAGGAGUGGGAGGUCUGCAGUGGGCGGAGUUUGGAGCUGCUUGUUGACUCCAUUCGGAGUUCCUGGGAAAGAAGCGAAUAAAAUCUGUUAAAGAUCCAUAAGCUGAGACUCUACCGACCGCCAGGCUUGAACACCCACCAGGAGCAUCUAGUCUUACUGUUUUAGUUCCCAGUCUGAUGCCAAAGAUUAGAAAAUUCUUCCUCUUUGCAAAAACAAAAUAAUGCAGCUUUCCGUUCAUAAUGUCAGGACCAGUUAAGAGAAUCCAACCAGCAACUCGGCUUUCCAGGUUAGAAACACCUUUAAUAAAGUCGCUGUUUGGCUGCAAACCGGUGCCUGUCGGAACGUAUGAAGCAAUAAUUUAAUCUGGAUUAAUGGUUCUUUGAGCUCUUUUGUGCAUGAGCCGUGCUUACGGUAAAGGGUUAAUAAAAGUAAAAUAAGGUUAAAAAACCAAAGCGUGUCAAAAAUAAAUAAAUAUAAAUAAAGCCAGCAAAUUUAGAUUUUAUUUAUUGUUUUUUUUCCUGCAUGACAAAUAAAAACUUGUUUGAUAUUUAUUAAUUUAAUUUAGUUACUUUGAUGUUUUUGUAGUUAGGAAGGAAAAAGGUCAUUUUAAAGAGACAAAGAGCCGCUCAAGGUUAAAACCUGCAGUCACGCUUAAAGGAUCCGCGGUUGGGUCUUACUGACACCUAGUGGUCAGAUUACAGAAAGCAGCUACAGAGAUUAAAACCAUUGGAUUUUAUGAAAGUUAGAAAUGUGGAAAAAAUUAAAAAAAAAGGUUAUUUUUCAUAAAUUCUCCAGCAAACCCGUCAGUGAGACUAAAAAAAUAAAGAUUCUGAUGUUUUUUUAGAUUCCUGUUGAGACUCGCUGAAGCUGUGAGAGGAACCCUUAAAGAGGGUUAGAGGGAACUUUUAGGGAUUUGAUUUAGUUCGGUGUUUAAUCUGAACACGGAUGUGGUUAAAACACAUCUGUCGUGUGAUGGACGACUCACUUCCUGUUUUACCUGUGAAACGAGGCGGUCGGUGGAGUCCAGCUUCAGCCGGGGACUCCGUGGAUCAGAGACGCUGGAACGCAUCCUCAGUGACAUCACUGGGUCUGAACGAACCAGAACCAGAACCGACUGACUUGGAGGAUCCCAGCAGCUUCAUUCCAAUUCCAGGAACAUCCGUUUAAUCCCGUGGGAUUACCGUCACAUACGAACCGCAGACACCUGAAACCUAAACGGAGAGACAGGAAAGUGGAAUCCAUCAGUGAGCGACUCUGUCAGAUCCGGUUUUAUCCGGCUCAGGCUGAAGUCUGGAACUGCACAGAAGCUGGUUUUAGUUUCGGAGCCACCGCCGCUCUGGGGUACUGAUGGAGAUGGAGCUAUUGUACGCGGGCACCACCGGUCCCCCCGACCCCCUCCUUUAGGUAAGAAAAGUCAAGUGUCUUGCUCAAGGACACAACGGCCGUGACAGACUGAGCGGGGCUUGAACCUGGGUAGGGCUGGCUGCGGUUCCUAUCUGACGGUAAUCUCCAUCUUAAUCCGUAACAAGAGUAAAACCUUUGAGCGCCACAGCAGCAAACUUCUCCUUCCAGUCGAUGGCCUUUUCUCUAUCCAGCUCUGCCAAAGACUCUUGUUAAACUUUUCUACGGAAUGCCUCUUCGAGGUCAGGGGUCACGGGGGAGGGGCUGGGCCACUCAGCAGCUCAAGGGGGAGGAGCCUAUGUUUGAUUUUCUAAAAUCUCUCGUUAUGUAGUACAAGAUAAAAAUGAAUGUUCUGCGCAAAAUACAAACAAACAUCAAUAAAUGGCCUUUAUCCCCACUGGUGCUGAAUUUUGAAGAGACUGGAAACCAGCGCCACCGUGUGGUGGAGGUGGAGCUUUUCAUCAAACCCCCAUACCGUUCCGUUUUCUUCAUCACCUCAUAUCAUCCCUCCGUCUCUCGCCUGACGGAGGGGGCGUGUCCUUGUGAGUGGACGAGCAGGGGCAUGCUGGGAAAUGCAGUAUCUGAAACAAACGCACUGUGACGGAGACCAACGGCGAUGUGACACGACUCCUGUGGAGAAUGAAGGAAAUAAACUGGAGGUCAAAGUUUCCACGCUGAGAAGAAAAGCAGGAAAACUCAAAGUUGGUUUCGUUUUCUCUGUGCCAUUUUUAUUUUUCUGUUUUGAGAAAAACCAGGAGGAAACUCACACGAGAUGUAAAGUCUGACGUUUGUUGUUGUUGUUGCUGUAGUUGUUGUUGUUUUCCUUUCCUUUGUGCUUGCACCACAUUGCAUUCUGGUCCGUGUAGUUCUGUGACUUCUGGUUCUGUUGGAGCGUGUUGGUUCAGUGGGUCUUCUGGAUUUGUCACCGUUUCAUGCAUUGAUUUUUCUGUGAAUUAAAUUAGUUUUUGUGGCAUUAAAAGUUAAAGGAGUAAAGAAACUUGCAGAAAAAGCGGAGUAGGAGGUGAAAAGCUGGAGGAGAAAUGUUUUCUACAUCAGAUUAUCUCCGUAUUUUAUUCUUUGAAAGACAAAAAAAUAAAUCUGUUUUUUUAUAUUUUCUUAUUGGAUGCUUAUAAAGUCCUGUUGUAAAGUAAAAUGCAGUCAUCUGGUUGGCUUAAGAGCUGACGGGGUCAAAGGUCACCGGGCCUCUUUUCUUUACCUGCGCUGCAUGAGCAGGAAACAUGAAACCUCGUCAUAAAUGAAGUGAAUUUACGUUGAAGAUUUCCGAGAGAAAAUGUUAGGAUAUGAAUCUGUGUUUGAUAAAUCCACCGACAAUAAAAGAUUUAAAGUCCC